UUAUUCCGUAACGACAUCCCUCGUAGGAUAGGUCGACACAAGGCUCGCAUCAUCUGAUACGCAGUAAAAUCAGUUUCCACCGAAGUGGAAGUGGCUGUCGUCGAUCCCCUAUCGCGAUACUUCAACGAUCAGCUUCCCUCCAACGUUUUGGAACGAAGGGAAAUCGUACCUUCUCGAUUCCAUCUCGGUUCGAACGGAAGAAUUUCGCGGUCCAGAAAACGAAGGUCGGGCGUGAACUCGAUUGUUUUCCUCCUCCUUCGGAGGGCAUCGUCCUCCCCAGCUUCGAGAUUCUCCGAUCUUGGAAGGAUGUAAAUGGUAAGGCGAAAGGUGGAGGAUUCGAAGAAGAAGAAGAAGAAGAAGGAGAAAAGGAAUAAUACGAAAGCGUCGAGGAAGAAUUUAGAAGACUCGAAGAAUUCGAUUUUGAGGAAACUUGGAUCUAGGCAAGGGUUGAGAAGAUCUCGCGAUAUCUUGGAACCUUGCGUGUCGUUGCUUUUUGUGUCCUCGAUCGCAACCAUGGCGGAGAAGAUGUACUAUUGGGGGGAGCAAAAGGAUCAAGUGGAUCCGGAUCAGACUUUCAUAGAGUUCAAGGCCAAGUCGGUGGGCUCGAGCAGGGGAAGGGAGGCGUCCCACGCCGCCGCUAAAACGAGCGUGUCCACGUCGCAGGGCAGGGCGAUCGAGGUCGGGAAUCGCGAAGAGGACACGGAACGAGGGGGAUGGGAUAACAAGUUGGAUUUCCUGUUCUCGUGUAUCAGCGUCUCGGUGGGGCUUGGAAACGUGUGGAGGUUUCCGUAUUUGUGCUACAAGAACGGGGGAGGCGCUUUCCUCAUCACUUAUGGAAUUGCUAUGGUGUUCUGCGGUAUUCCAAUAUUCUUCCAAGAGGUGGCAAUCGGCCAAUACCUUGGAGCUGGUGGGAUGACUUUGGUGGGACAAUUGUGUCCCCUGUUGCAAGGGGUUGGAUACGCCACUAUGACGAUCGUAUUCUUCCUAGAUGUUUAUUACUGCAUCAUCAUCGCCUGGACGCUCUUCUAUCUUAUAAGCACUUUCGUCAAUAUACCUAACGUACCUUGGAAGGGUUGCGGAAAUUGGUGGAAUACCGAGGAUUGCUUCGACGGCCUCGAAAAGAUCGAGGAAACGACCGAUCUUGUUAAUUCGAAUAGCACGAAUUCCACUUGCAACGAGAACGUCACUCUUCAUCAUGCUACACCGGUCGAGGAAUACUGGGAACGACGACUACUUGGGAUCACUCCCGGUAUAGAGAGCAUCGGAGGGAUCCAAUGGGAGCUGUUAGGCUGUCUGGUCAUCGGCUGGCUCCUCGUAUAUUUCAUCAUCCGGCGUGGCCUCCACCAGAGUGGUAAAAUUAUUUGGUUUUCAGCUUUGUUCCCCUACGUGGUGCUUUUUAUUCUUUUGGGAAGAGCGGUGACGUUGGAGGGCAGCUACAACGGCUUGCUGUACUACGUAACGCCGAGGUGGGAGGAAUUAAUGUCGCCUGGCCCAUGGAUCGACGGGGCCACGCAAAUUUUCUUCGCCUACAGCAUCGGGACUGGAGCUCUGCCCGCUCUCGGAUCGUACAACAAGUUCCAUCACAAUUGCUACAAAGACGCGUUGAUCACGUGUGUGGUGAACACGUUAACCUGUUUGCUGGCCGGUUGCGUCACUUUCUCCAUCCUGGGCCACAUCGCGUUGGAACAGGGGACAGAAGUGGCCAAAGUGGUUAAAAGCGGUCCAGGGCUCGUGUUUCUCACUUAUCCGGAGGUGGUCCUCAAGCUUCCUGGCGCCUCCAUGUGGGCCAUCAUCUUCUUCGUGAUGCUGCUCAUACUCGGGAUCGACAGUGAAUUCUGCAUCGUGGAAUCGUUCAUCACCGGGGUUGUCGACAAUUGGCCCGACCUCUUACGCCCCCACAGGAACAAAUUCACCAUUGCCAUUUGCUGUCUCAUGUUCCUUUUGGGCCUUCCCAUGGUGACCAACGGUGGCGUUUACAUAUUCCAAUUAAUGGAUUUCUACUCGGCCAGUGGAAUGUCGAUUCUCUGGGUCUGCUUUUUCCAAACGAUAGCUAUAUCUUGGAUAUUUGGAGCGAGAAAGUUCUGCGAUUGCAUACACCAGAUGAUGGGUAUACGAUUGAAUAACUUCUGGUACGUUUGCUGGGUCGUGUUUGCGCCAGUGAUCAUGGCUUUCAUCUUCGUAUUCCAAUGCGUUCAAUACAAACCCCUGAGAUAUGGAAACAAUUACGAAUAUCCGACGUGGGCCGAGGUGAUAGGCGUUUGUCUCAGUUUGUCAUCCAUGAUCUGGAUCCCCGUUUACGCCGUAUAUUACGUGGUCGUCACACCAGGAUCCAUCAAAGAGAAUAUUCUGAAGGGUUUGAAACCGAACAUAAAGUCGCAUCCAAAAUUACCGAAGGGGGAGAAAUCGGCAGUGAUACCAAUGUCGGAGAGCAGCGCAGGAUUGAUCACGAAGAACAACAGUUUCCUCAGUCAAACAUGAUCGCAGUAAAAAAUCGCUUCCUUAUUUCUUUAUUAGGUUGUAAUUAACGUAAGCGUAGUAUUUUUAACGAGAUUUAUUAAUCCAAGUAUCGGACAGUGUUGCUCGAUUCAUUAUUCGCCGAAUCGUCUCCUCCGGUUUGACUUGGUUUGAUAAUAUCAAAUCGAAGAAAAUCGAAUCAAUUUCUUCGAAGCAAAAAAAAAUAUAUAUAUCGUAGAAUCUUUUUUUGAUCGACGAUAGUUUCGAGACGAAUCAAAAUAAAGAAAAAAAAGAAGAAAAAUAACAAGUUGCGGAUGAAAUUCGAGCAAUUACUGUGCGAAUAAAAAAAAUACCAAAUACUCGUUCCUUCUAUAUUAAACGAUGGUACCACAUAAAAAAAAAGAGUAUUAUCUAUUUAUCGUUAGAGAAAGAUGAUGGUAAUAGCAGACACCGCUAGUUCUCGGAUAACUAACGAAAGAUACAAGUGACUCGAAGAGGUCUAUAUUUUUUAUCGCGAUGUUUCUCUCUCGUCUGCACGAAAAAAGAUACGACACGAUCCAAUUUUUACCAAUAUUUUUAUUAUCCGACGAAUGCCUACUUUUCGAGAAGCAGAAAUUUUUUAAAAACGACGUACGUAGUUAGUUCGAUUACUAGCUGGUUAAAUUACAGAUAAUGUGCCUCGACAUUGACGAAACAUUUUUCUUCCCUUUUACGUUUAAAAACGAAUGAUAUUACUUUUUAAAUAUUACUUUAAUUAAACUAAGUUAACGUGUAGUUUAGUAUUUAUUAUAACGCAGUUGACAUUUAUUAAUUUUUAAUAUUAAAAAAAAAAUAAAUCCAUACAAAUUUUGUAUAUAAUUAAUUGGAAAAAAAUUUGUUCACGUCAAAUCGAGUCGAGGAUAGAAGUGUGCCUCGCAGAAACUCGUUGGUACCAUAAUAAUCAUCGGGAAUCAUUGCGUGAGAAAUGAAUAAACGUUCCGCAGGAAAUUAAAAAAUUCGUUUCUAGAAAAUUUAUUAACAAUUCGUUCGUUGAACGAAUUUAAAAAAAAAAGAAAAAGAAAAAAAGAAAGAUGAAAACGUUCCUUUCGAUCGCAAUGAUUCCACGCGGAAGGAUCCAGGAAUAUAAGAUAAGAAUAUAAUAUUAUAACAUUAGUUUUAUGAAAGAAUUAUAUCUAGCGAAUAUAUCUACGAUUUUAUGAUUGCUAAAAGGAUUAUUAAUUCAAAAUAUUGUUCCAACAUACUGUUAUUUGCAUUAAUAAUAUUAUUCCUGCGAAUUCAAACGACCAAUUAAUAGUAUAUUUAAAGAGAAAGAAGAUAGAAGAUUGUUGGAACGAGAAGUGACGCUCGACAAAACUCGAUUUAUAAAUAAUUGAUGGACACGAGCAAUAAAUUUGGAAACGGGCCUAAGUAAUAAUUCUGUCUAUGUUUAAAUGGUUUUCAGAUCAUACUCUGUUUAACACAUUCAAUGCAAAAUAUGUGUCGUAAAAGGAAUUUGUUUUAUCCUGUGCUGGAUCAUGUGCAUCGACGUGCCGCGAAAAAUAUCCUAUUAUAUGGCGGAUCAUGCGAAUAUAUUUGUUACAAAGAAUGUCCUAUCCUGUGGCAAAUCAUGUAAGGAUCACAAAAAAUAUUUUAUGUGGCGGACACGAAUAUAUUUGUCACAAAGAAUAUUCUAUUCUGAGGAAAAUCAUGUAAGAAUGCACGUCACGAAAAAUAUUUUAUGUGGCAGAUAGCGCGAAUAUAUUUGUCACAAAGAAUAUUCUAUUCUGAGGAAAAUCAUGUAAGAAUGCGCGUCACAAAAAAUAUUUUAUGUGGCGGAUGACGCGAAUAUAUUUGUCACAAAGAAUGUGGCAGACGAUAUAAAGGUAUGCAUCACUAAAAAUUUUUUAUUAAGUAACGGAUGACGCGUCACAAAAAAUAUUCUGUGGUAAACGAUAUAAAGGCACGCAUCGCUAAAAAUUCUUUAUUAUGUAACGGAUGACGCGAACAUAUACGUCACAAAGAAUGUCCUAUCCUGUGGCAAAUCAUGUAAGGGUCACAAAAAAUAUUUUAUGUGGCGGAUGACGCGAAUAUAUUUGUCACAAAGAAUGUUCUAUCUUGUGGCAGACGAUAUAAGAAUGCACGUCACGAAAAAUAUUUUCGUGGCAGAUAGCGCGAAUAUAUUUAUCACAAAGAAUAUUCUAUUCUGAGGAAAAUCAUGUAAGGAUGCACGUCACAAAAAAUAUUUUAUAUGGCGAAUGACGCGUCAUUAAGAAUGUCCUAUUCUAUGGCAAAUUAUGUAAGGGUCACAAAAAAUAUUUUAUGUGGCAGAUAGCGCGAAUAUAUUUGUCACAAAGAAUAUCUUAUUCUGAGGCAAAUCAUGUAAGGAUGCACAUCACAAAAAAUAUUUUAUAUGACGGAUAACGCGUCACUAAGAAUGUCCUAUUCUAUGGCAAAUUAUGUAAGGGUCACAAAAAAUAUUUAAUGUGGCAGAUAGCGCGAAUAUAUUUGUCACAAAGAAUAUCUUAUUCUGAGGCAAAUCAUUUAAGGAUGCGCGUCACAAAAAAUAUUUUAUAUGGCGGAUGAACGCGUCACUAAGAAUGUUCUAUUCUAUGGCAAAUUAUGUAAGGGUCACAAAAAAUAUUUUAUGUGGCAGAUAGCGCGAAUAUAUUUGUCACAAAGAAUAUCCUAUUCUGAGGCAAAUCAUUUAAGGAUGCGCGUCACAAAAAAUAUUUUAUAUAACGGAUAACGCGUCAUUCUGUGGCAAAUUAUGUAAGGGUCACAAAAAAUAUUUAAUGUGGCAGAUAGCGCGAAUAUAUUUGUCACAAAGAAUGUUCUAUCCUGUGAUAGAUGAUAUAAGAAUGCACGUCACGAAAAAUAUUUUAUGUGGCAGAUAGCGCGAAUAUAUUUGUCAUAAAGAAUAUCCUAUUCUGAGACAAAUCAUUUUAAGGAUGCGCGUCACAAAAAAUAUUUUAUGUGGCGGAUGACGCGUCACUAAGAAUUCUGUGGCAAAUUAUGUAAGGGUCACAAAAAAUAUUUUAUGUGGCGGAUGACGCGAAUAUAUUUGUUACAAAGAAUGUCUUAUCCUGUGGCAGAUGAUAUAAGAAUGCACGUCACUAAAAAUAUUUUCGUGGCAGAUAGCGCGAAUAUAUUUGUCACUAAGAAUUUAUCCUAUUCUGUGGCAAAUUAUGUAAAGGUCACAAAAAAUAUUUUCGUGGCAGAUAGCGCGAAUAUAUUUGUCAUUAAGAAUUUGUCCUAUUCUGUAGCAAAUCAUGUAAGAAUGCGUGUCACGAAAAGUAUUUUAUGUGACAGAUGACACGAACAUACGAGUCACAAAGAAUGUCCUAUCCUGUGGCAAAUCACGAAAGGAUGAGCGUCAUUAAAAAUAUUUUAUGUGACAAAUAUAUAUGAUACGAAUGUAUUUGUCACAAAGAAUGUCCUAUCCUGUGGCAGACGAUAUAAGGGUGCGCGUCUCGAAAAAUACAUAUAGUUGUGACGAUUGACGUAAGCUUGAGCGUCACAAAGAAUUUCUUAUCCUAUGGCAGACGAUGUAAGGAUGGGCUAUAAAGUUUUGCGAGAAAUAUAAAAGAUGAAAAAAGAGUUUUCUUUUCUUUCGUUCCCUCGUUGCUUUUAUAUUUCUCUUCACAAUUAUUAUUUUCAUAUUUUUACUCGAAUAUUCUUUGAUUUUUGACGGCGCAUUGAAUGCGUUGAACGAGUAUUUCGACGAAUUGUUGAUGUUGCGUGUGCAUUUGCACGACUAUUUGCUUUCCUUCCGUAUCAACGCAUUGUUAUUACCCGCGAGUAACUUUUUAAUCGAGCGAGCUAAGCAUAUUUAUCACGACGAACGUUUUUUUCUUAUCAUUUUGGUUUCGAAAAGAUCGAAAUGCGUAAAUUUUGAAAUUGUAAUUUUUAUUGUAACAGCACGAAAGAGUCGAAGAACGAAACGAAGAGAUUCGAAGAUGUACGAUGCGUUUAUUAUGGUUGUACGAAAAUAUAAAAGGAUAUUCUUUCGA